AUGGUAUUAUUAAACGAAUCUACAGCAACUUAUAUGGUACAUUUUGAUUUGUGUAUCAAAAAUACCACAGGACGUUGUACCGAAAUAAAUGUUGAAUCACCACCUUAUCUUCCGAACAAUGUACCAAUAGUUUUUUUAAUCCAUGGAUGGACUUCAGAUGGUAGCGCCUCCUGGUACGACUCAACAAUAGACGCUCUAUGGCAAACCAAUGACCAAUAUCAUUUUAUUAAAGUCGACUGGUCCAUUCGCUCAAAAACGAUAUAUAUAACAGCGCAGUCUGCUGUUGACGAAGCUGGUAUCAUUAUCGCCAACUUCAUCGUCAAACUAAACAACACUUAUUCAGUCCCUUUUGAAAACAUUCUGGAAAUCGGUUUCUCCUUGGGUGCACAAGUCGCGGGUUUUGCAGGAAAAGAGGUUCAAAAGUUAACCGAAAAAAAGAUUUCUCGAAUUGUGGCUCUAGACCCAGCUGGUCCAUUGUUUGACGGUAGACCAAAAGAGGAAAUGCUGAAUCCAAAUGACGCCGAAAACGUGGUCGUUAUUCACACUAACGGUGGUUUUGCUGGAUAUGUAGACGAUGCUGGUACUAUUGACAUUUUCCCAAAUGGUGGAUCGUCCCAACCUGGAUGCACAGUAGCUCUUCUAAGAAACAUAUUAAAGUUGUCUGAAACGAUUGGUUGUAGCCAUUCUAGAAGUUACAAAUUGUUCGUGGAAGCUCUACUCCAUCCAGAUAAGUUUCAGGCGAAGAAAUGUUAUAACUGGAUUGUUUAUCUCAUAAGUGAGGAUCUUUGCGAAGAUGAGACUGUAACGUUGGGGGAUUUGACAACCACUGCGACUGGGAAGUAUUAUCUGAAAACCGAAGACGAGCCUCCUUAUUAUUAGUGAAAGUGGGUUACCAGUAUUAAUUUGUU